AUGUUUUACUCUCAUCAACUCUUAGCUCGGAAAGCACCUCUUGGUCAGAUAUGGAUGGCAGCAACAUUGCACGCUAAAAUGAAUCGGAAGAAACUGGAUAAGCUAAAUAUUAUCAAAAUUUGCGAAGAGAUUCUGAAUCCAACUGUUCCAAUGGCUCUGAGAUUGUCCGGGAUACUCAUGGAAGGAGUUGUGAUAGUUUACGAUCGUAAAGUGAAAAUAUUAUAUGAGGAUGUCACUCGCUUUAUGGUUGAAAUAAAUGAGGCAUGGAAAGUAAAAGUAGUUCCAGAUCGCACUCUCCUCCCAAAGAGUAAAUGUCGAGCCAAUGUUGAAGCAGUCACGUUGCCUGAUAAUCAAGAAGAGGCAGAUCUAGGAGAGAUUGAGCAGUCCCUUUCAAAUAUAAAAACAAAGAUGGUCUUCCAGCAGUCGGGCUAUUUUGCAAUGCGUCUAGAUAGUUUGGAGGAUCCUUUCGUCAACAACAAUCUGAAGGAGGGAAAUCCAUGCCAUCAAGUUGAUAACAACGAUAUCACUUUGUUAGACUGUUUUAAUGCUUGCCAACAAAGCUAUGUCCCAUUCAAUCACUUUGAGAGGUUUGAUAUUGAGGGGGAUGAAGAGAUGCAAUCACAUUUCAGUCAUCGCGAUGCAGAAAUCCCAACUGUUAAUACUAACUCUACUCCUAAUCAACCAAAGCCUAAAAAAACCGAUGAAAUCAAAGACCACCACCAUCUUGAGAAUCAAUGGAGCGAGAUCCUCGACCAGCAUGCUGAAAACCAACUGAACCAGCAACCUGAACAAUCAAUGCUUGACAAUUGUACAUCCAAUAAUGUUGUUGUGAGGAGAACAAGAAAACCACGAGCCCUUUUGAUGGAUUAUGAUCAAAUGAUCAUUCCAGGUAAUGUGUAUCAGCCCUGGCUUCAAAGUACAGAUGACAUUGUCUCUAAAAAAGAGGGGAAAAAGAGAAAGCGUUUCAAUCUACUGCCCUCGAAGAAAAUUGCCAAGCUUAUGGAUUUGCCUCCUGUUGUCCUAAUUUGUGGGUUAUUUGUAACUGGAAGUGGAGAAGUUUAUUAUCCACCAGGUCUUUUGGAACUAUGGAGGAUAAGUACCCAUAAUUCACCUUCUGUGACUAUCUCUUCAGACCAACAACAACCUCUAAGACCAUCUUCAUCAUCGCGCCAAGAUGGACGUGACUACAAUGAUCCUUCGCGAUAUGAACCUUUUGAAGAUUUUCAAAGUGGAGUUGGAUCCCAACCAUUGGGCAGUUCCGUAGAGAAGCUACGGACAGAUAUCCACAACAACGAUAUUCUGACGGGAGAGCUUAACAAUGUAUCGGGGGUUAAUAAUAAGGCCAGUGAAUUUGCAGAAGAUGAAGUGAGAUCUAAUCCUAGUUCUGGAUCUGCAUAUGAUUUCAUGACACUUAAUUCUGAUACUAACUCGGGCCGAUUGAACAAGAAAAGGCCUUAUUCUUCAUCGAAACACAGCAGAAGUGGACUGGAACCCGUUGAGGAGGAGAUCUCGUUGCUGCAUGCCGAACCCAACUUUAAGCUAUCGAGACUUUCUGAAGAUGGCGUAACGCCUGAGCUGUUGGUUGAAACAGGGCCUACACAAACACAAGCCCAUUUUCGAGCAUUUGAUCAACAGGUGGACCAUAUGACUGAUUGUAUUAGAAUGCAGCUAAAAACACAUUUUGAGACACCAGGAAAUACUUCAACAGAAUCUCUGAAUCAGCUUACCAAUGGCAUGAACAAAAGAACAGCAGCCCUUCUCUUUUAUCAAACUUGUGUUCUUGCUUCCAAGGAUUUCAUAAGAGUUGAGCAAAAAGCAGCAUAUGAAGACAUAGUCAUCUCGAGAGGGGAUAAGAUGUGAAAAGGAGAGUAUGUAUGAUUCCAAUCUUCAUAUUAUUAUUUUGAGAAAGAUGACUGGAACUUAAUAUGUAUUUAGACAAAAAAAAAAAAAAACUUGGUGGAAAUUGAGCAUUCAUAGUAGUGAAUGACCUCUUUUUCUAAAUGCAUUGU